UUGACUUAAAUAAAUCGAACAGUAAUUACUAACUUAAAACGAUGGAUAGUUUAACGAUACUUUUCUAUUUUAUGGCCAUUACCAUAGCUCUAGUAUCUGGCACCGACUAUUGUUCCAGCUCACUAUGUGACAAAGAUGUUAAACAUAUUGCCUGUGACAACGAUGGAAAAUUUGCUGAAUCCUGCUCUGAUGAUGCUAAAAUAGUAACGCUUACCGACUCAUUAAAACAAGUAUUAGUUGAUGCACACAAUGCUAAACGUAACUUUAUAGCCGGUGGCGGUGAUCCUAAUCACGAUCCUGCUUGUCGCAUGGCCACCAUGCAAUGGGAUGAUGAAUUGGCUGCCAUUGCUGCAUUUAAUGUGAAACAAUGUAAAAUGCAACAUGACAAAUGUCGCAAUACAGAUGCCUUCAAAUAUUCUGGUCAAAAUCUUGUUUGGGUGAGUUAUUACGAUUAUCCCAAUGAUGCUGAGAGACUAAAACAAUACGUUGACAUAUGGUUCUCUGAAGUUAAGAACAGUAAUCGUACAAUUAUUGCGUCGUAUCCUAUGGAUUAUAAAGGACCCAUGAUUGGUCACUUUACUGUUAUGGUGGCUGAUCGUAAUAUUCGUCUGGGUUGUGCUGCAUCUACUUAUGCUGUACAAGGUCAGUCAUAUAAGGCUUAUUUGCUUGCUUGUAACUAUGCUACCACCAAUGUUUUGGGAUUCCCCCUCUAUGUUAGUAGCAAGAAACCGGCUGAAUGUUGCACUACUGGCCACAAUCCCAAAUAUCCGAAUUUAUGUUCUAUUUCAGAGGAGUAUUCCGUUAACAAAUUUUUCUAGUAAAUACAUAUACACAUAUUUUUAUAUAUACAUAUGUAAAUUGAAAUAGAAUUUAGCAAAUAUAUAUAUAAAUAAAUAAUUGUCCAAUUCACAAUCGAUAUUGUAUCGUUGUAUGUCAUAAAAACUUGCAAAUAAACUUGUUUGAAACGAAAACAA